AUGGCGGCGGUUGUGCCCGUUGAGUAUCCACAACCAGUAUACGACUAUGGCCCCCCUUACGUGCCUCAGGUGGCGGCGCUGGGCCUCGUCCCGACAAUCUCCAUCGACGUGCCAGUCUGCAUCAUCCUGAUCAUCUUAUUCGUCGCCGCCGCCGGAAUCAACCUGUUCAUCCUUGUCCGCAACCUCGGCUGCAGCCACAAGUUCCUCUUCUCGGGCGUCCUCGUCGGCUUUUGCUUGACGCGCAUCAUCGCGCUCUCCCUGCGCAUCGCCUCGGCCACCCAGCCGUGGAACGUCCGGCUCAACAUCGCGGGGAGCAUCUUCGCCUCCGCCGGCAUCGUCCUCCUCUACGCCAUCACCCUUAUCUUCGCCCACCGCCUCCUCUGUGGCCUCCACCCCAACAUCGGCUGGAUUCCUGCCGUCGUGUACUUCUUUUACUUUUGCUACUUCCUCCUCCUCGUCUCCCUCAUCUGCGCCAUCAGUGCCUUCAUCGCCAGCUUCUACACCCUUGUCCCCAAGGAACUCCACGACUGCCACCUCGUCCAGCUUUUUGCCUCCACUGUCUUCGCCAUCAUCGCCUUGCUCCCCAUCCCCAUCGUCCUCUUCGCUGCCUUUUACCCUGGCCUCCGCUGUCCCGAGCCUUUUGGCUACGGCUCACUCACUGCCAAAAUCGUCAUCGUCCUCACCGCUGCCACCCUCCUGGCCAUUGGCGCCGUCUACAUCUGCGCCGCCAACUACGCCGUCCGUCCCGUCUGGUUUCCCGGCUGGUGGCACUACAAGGUCUGCUACUACAUCUUCCUCUACGCUCUCGAGCUCGUCGUCGUUCUCCUCUACGCCUUCUCGCGAUUCGACCUCCGCUUCCACAUCCCCGACGGCGCCUGCAAGGCUGGUGACUUCAUCAAGGGCCAGCAUGCCUACAAGCGCGUCAGCGGCCUCACCUUCCGCGCGAGUCUUGACGAGAGAAUCACCGUUCACGUCGACGAU